AAUGGGGAAGUUGAAGGAAGCAAGACCACUGAAAAUAGCAUAGAAAAGAAAAAAGAUAAUGAAGAAAUGGAAAUUAAAAAAGAAGAACUCAGAGAUGUGAUUGGUCAGACAUAUGUGGUAGAAGUUAAAGGAUUCUUCUGUACAAUUUGUCAUAAAUUCUUUAAAGAUUUGGAUUCUGUUACCCACUGCAAGAGUGAGGAACACUGCAACAACUUUGAGAAACUUCAGAAAGCUAUUGAGAAACGAGAAGCUAAAAGAAAAGCUGCGGAGGAGGCAAAACAAAAAGCAGAAGAAGAAGCUAAAAAGAGGGCAGAAGAACAGGCUAAAAAGAAAGUUGAAGAAGAUGUGAAAGAAAAGUCUGAAUCAAUGGAAACGGAGAGUCCAGAAGAGACAAAAUCAUCUACAGAUAAUCCGAAAAAUGUUGAAGAUGAUAAGGCUGAACAUGACCAGGAAAUGUCAGAAGAGCAAGACAAGUCAGUUACUGCAGUAAAAGAGGAAAUCUUAGAGGAAAAAAAUAAAGAUCAGAAGCAAAACAAGCCUGAAGAGGAAGAGGGUAAAGAAAAACAUGUUUCUUCAGAACUAGAUGAAUUUCUUGGACCAGUUGAUGACCUUCAGCCAACAUCUCAAGAGAAUGUAGAUGAUCAACAGCUUAUUUCAUCAUUAGUUACGGAUACUCGAGAACAAGAAAACUCUGAGCUGGUUGCCUCACUUUCAUCACAUAUAGGUGCUAAAGAUGGAGAGGCCAAACAGGCUAAAUUUGAGAAAUCCCAGGAGGGUGAUGAAGAUGAAGAGGAGGAGGAGGAAGAAGAAGAUGAUGAUGCUGACACUAGCCAAGAAAUCAGUUCACCUUCCAUUGCUACAAGAAACCGUGGAAAGGCUCGUGGACGAGGAAGAGCACGUGGAAGGGGAAAGAGGAAGUCUUGAAGACGAAACCUUUUCUCUCCCUGCUUAUAUGUGUGAAUGUUUUUAUCUUCAUCUUAUAUUCAUGAAAGUAGUGAUACAUGUUCCAGUUUUACUGGUAUUACUUUAAAUAUUUUACUGUAGUCAAUCACUUAGUCUGUACAAAAUGAUUUUCACUAAAUAGAACACACACAAAGCAGGGCAGGCUUCAAAUAUGUUGAGUAAUUGACUUUCAUAUAUUCUUUUAUAUGUUACUGAGUUCUUUGUUGUUGUUGUCAAUGUUAUGGUGUAAUAAAGUGAAAGUGCUCUUGGCUCUA